GAGGGUCAGAGGGAGACCGUCAAAGACAAACUUCUUGAUGUACAAGCCCUCACUGACACUCUUCCCAAAGGAGAAGGUCAGCUGGGUCAGGUGAUGAAUCUGAGGCAGCUGAUUGGUCCAGAGACAUCAACAGAAGGUCAUGUGAUCAUUGAUAGUGAAGUUCAAAAGUUGCAGCAGAUGUGGAGUGCCUUGAAUGAUGAUGUGAAAGGGGUCCAAACAUUGCUGCAGAAAACCAUUGAGGAAUGGAAUAUCGUACAUAAUCUCCAGGACCAUUUCAGCUCCUGGUUGACCAGUGCAGAAUGCACAUUAUCUAAAGAUCGGGAGCUGAUGUCAAACCUUAAAGAGAAGACUGUACAGAUGGAAAACGAUAAGAAAUUCUUAACUGAAGUGAGGAGUAAGGAGGAAAUGCUUGAUGAUCUGAUGAAAGCUUGUCAACCAAUUCUUGAAAAGAAUCAACCCAACUUCAUCCUUAACCCUCAGCUAGCUGACCUCAGCACUCGAUACCGGUCACUACUACAAAAUGCUCAGGAUGUUGUGAAGAGAUCAGAAGAGGAUGUCACAGAUCAUGAGACUCUGGACUACCAGGUAGCCAGGAUGAUAGCCACCAUACAAACCAACAACAUGACUGUCAAGGAAUUACAAGACAUCACUGGCAACAGACAGUCUGUACAAGACAAACUUGAUGCACUGAAGCCUGUGCUGGACUCCAUGAACGAUGUUGGAAGCCAGGUCAAAGAAGCAGAGGAUCAGGGUCAAAAGGUCAUGACCCAGACAUCAGGUUCGGGUCAAGAGGUCAUCAGAGAGCAGCUGGAUGAGAUGAUGCAGUCUUUGAGUGCCUUGGAAUCAGUGAUGACAUCAACUAACAAUGACCUGAAGGAUAAGAUGGCACAGUGGGAACAGUAUGAGGAGUCAGAGGUUCCAUUUGCAGUGUGGCUGGAUGAUGCCGAGAUAUCUGUUGCCUUGGAAAUGGGGCAGAUGAUGGAGCUGAGUGAUAAGAUCAAUGAGCUUGAGAAAAGGAAGGCCUUAGAGAGGGAGAUCAUCGCUCAUGGAAGCAAUCUGGAAGAGGUGGAUUCCAGGGCCAAGCCACUCCUGGAACACAACACACAUCCCAAAGAUGUUCUUGGAGAUUCUAGGAGAUUGGCACAGAGAUAUACUAACCUCUUGAAGAAAGCUCAGACCACAUGUUCAGAACUUGCAUCAAAUGUGAGCAAGCACCAGGAAUAUGAAGAAGCAUUGCGAGAUGCUGAGAGGGCGCUCUUACAGGUAUCACAGCACGUUGCUUCCCAGGGGGUCGUUGGUGAAGAUGGCAGCGAACCUGAACAAGGCCAGGAACAACUUGCAAAGCAACAGAGUCUAAUGCGUGAACUAGCAACCUGCACAUCCAAACUCGAUAACACCCGCAUCAAGGGUCAGAUCCUUCUAGCUGACCCUACCAGCACUAACGCCAACCCCAAGCUGUCCGGGCAAAUAGAGGGGCAACUAACCCAGCUAGAGGAAGGGCUAGAAGCCCUGGAUCAGACAGCUAGAAAGAUCCAGGCACGGUUGCAGGUGGCCGUCCAGCAGCAACAGAAAUACCUUGACACACUGCAGUCGUGUCAUGAUUGGCUCUUGCAGGCUUGGCAGAAAAUACCAGUGGUGUCGCUGGGGUCAAAGGUCGAGACCAGCAGCUUGGAGGAUGCGGAACGUCAGGUUGAAGUCCUUAAGGGUAUCUUGGACACCUCAUUGAUGCAUCGCCAGCUCGUCCAGGCAGCAGAGGAGAGGGUAGAAGAGAGACCAGGAGACUCCACUACGGCCGCCCUAGCAACCAAAGUAAACAAUGAGAUCGAGCAGAUCAUAGAACAGACUGAGAGUCAGCUUGGUCAGACAGAAGAACUAGUCAAUAAAUGGUCUCAAGUUGAGAAGACUAAGCAGGACUUGACAGAUUGGCUGGACCAGGUUCAGAGAGCAUUGGCUCUAGAACAAGAGAAGCCAGCACAAGUCCAACCUACUGAAGCCAAGAACCUCCUGAAAAAUGCAAAUUCCUUUAUCGACGACAUCCAUACGCACCAGACAGACCUGAAGAAUGUGAUCAAACACAGGGCAGAUCUCUGUGACCAGUCAGAUCCUGACCUUGAAGCAUUGAGUGCUGACAUAGACACCAUCUUGGCAUCGGCCAAUGACCUGAAGACUGCACGCACCAAGCAAGUGGCGGAUGCUGAAAGGCUGGAGGAAGCAGUGUCAAAGGUCAAGGGUCAGCUUGCCGAGGUCAAUGAGAUUGUAGAGAAGGUGGAAAAUGACAGAGUCCACACCUGUAGAGAGAAGAUUGAGACACUAGAGCGUCUGUCUAUGCCUGAGAGAAGAAGACAUGUUGAUGAGGUUGAUGAAGCUAGCAGAGAGGUUGGUAGGAUGGCGAGCUCACUUGAUGAAGAUUCAAUCAGGAAACAGCUACAUGAAAUCCGUGAAGAAUGGCUGAGCAGUGAGACCCGUAUCCAGCGCACUCAGGCCAUGCUAGAAGGCUUGGAAUCAGACUACAAUGCCCUGCUGGAGAAAGGUCAUCAGUUCAAACUCUGGUUGGAUCAGUUCCAGUCGUCCAUCGCCAAACCAACCACUAUUAGUCCAUACACAGAGGAGGUGGAGAAGGUUCUGCAAGAAAUCCAGGGUUCCAGUGUGGAGUUAGCAGGCCGUCGAGCCACAUUCAAGGCGGUGAGCGAGGAGGAAUCUCUGUGUGAUGAAUUGAGUCCCAAAGAGAGACAAAGAGUGCGUCAAGAUCUUCAGCAGAUUGACAAGCAACUCACCAAGAUUGAACACAUUGUUUCCAUUACUCAAGAUGAAUUACAGACAUGUGUUAAUGAGAGGAAGGAAUUCUGGAAGUACUAUUCUGAUUGCUUGAAAGGAUUAGAAACCAAAGAAGAAGAUCUGAGUGAUCCUGUAUUUCCCAAGCUGGAUAUCCCAGACCAAGUACAGCAGGUCUUUGAAGCAAAGGCACUACAAGACCAGGUGAAGAGCUACAACUCUAGGGUACAAUGGUUAUCAGCCAGCAGUCGACCAAUCUGUAAAAAAGCUGAGGAGAAUGAUAGCCAGGAUGUCCAACAGAAAGUCAAAGACUUGGAAAAGACAUUCCAGAAAGCAGAGAAGGCAGCUGUGUCCAGAUUUGAGUUGAUGUCUGACAGCUUGACUAAGGUCAAGGAAUUAGAACAUCAGAUUAAACAGAUGAAGACAUGGCUGGAUGAACAACAGCCAGUUGUUAGUCAGCCAAUCAAUCUCCAAUGCCCACUUGACGAUAUCCACAAGCAGAUCUCUCAACACAAGAAUGUGAAUGAUAGCUCUGUUUCCCAGAAGCCUCUUUUACUGACUCUCAUUGCCGAUGGGGAGAACCUAGCACAGAAAAUGGGAGAGGAUGACAAGGAACAGAUCACUCAAAAUGUUGAAGAUAUUCAAGCCUUAUUUAAUAGGACUGUGGAUUCUACUGGUGAGAAGUUUGCCAGAUUAACCAAGGCUUACAAUGACAGACUAGCAUUUGAGGCUGAUCUUAGUCAAUGUGACACACAGUUCCAGGAUCUGAAAUCUUCCGUAGACCAGCUUGAUCAACCCAUAGGGCUCUCAUCAGUUGAUGCUUCUCAUCGGAUCUCUACAUGCAAGGAUCUGCAAGCAAGACUUGACAAGCUGCAAGCCCCUCUUACCCAACUCAAUGAUGGAUGUGAUCUUCUAACAAGAGAAGGUCAGGUGUCUCAUGUCAAAGACAUUGCCAGACUGGACCAACUCAAUGAAGGACUGAAGAAGGCUCUAGAGACACAAACAAAACGUUUGUCUGAUGCCCAGGAUGCGAGGAAAGGGUAUGAAGAUGGCAUGACCAAGAUACAGGAAUGCUUGGAGCAUUAUCAGAAUGAAGGGCCUGCUAUUGAACAACCUGGGCUGGAUACAGAGACCAAACUUCACAAAUGCAAGAUUGCUCUUGAAGAAAUUAUUUGCCUUGAAGAAGUGAUGACUUUGCUCCCCGACCAAUGUCAAGCUGUAUGUCAAACAGCCAACCAACCUGACCAGAGAACAGUGACCUCAACUGUCCACAAAAUGACCUCUGACCUCAAGGCAGCUAAGGUCAACCUGGAGCAGAGGCAGAAGUCGCUGGAAGGCAAACUCAGUGACAAGGAGGCUUUGAAGGAGAAUCUGGACAGAUGUUUGAAGGAGCUGGAAGAAUGGAGCCAAGAGGUGAAGGAGCCAGUUAUCUUUGAACUGGAGGUGGAACCAGUUAAACAGGCAUUCACCAGACAUCAGACCAACCAACCUAAGAUGGACAACACUCUAGAGCAGGCCCAAGCUCUCAUCAUCUCUGCCAAUGCCAAGUUUGCCGAUCUGGGAGAACCCAUCACUCCGAAACUCCAGGAUCAGCUACAGACCUUGGACACCCUUCACCUUGACCUUCUGCAGGCUUCUAGGAGUAAGGGAACCAACCUGGCUGAGGCUGUCAGCCUGAGAGAAGAAUUCCAAGGUCAAAGAGAAGAGGUUGAGGAGUGGGUGGAUGAAGGAGAGGGAAUGCUGAAAGAGGCUGAGAAUGGGAUCAACUAUCCUCAAGGAGAGCAGGAUCUGCAUCAGCACAGGCAAUUCUUGUCACGGGAGCCAGUAUACCAGAACAAACUUGACGACUUGGUAGAUCUUGCUGAUCGCCUUUCUCCAUCGCUGACCCAUGCUCUACGAGAAAAGGUGACAGCUGAUUUGAACAAUCUCAAAUCGAGGCUCUCAUCCUUGGAUCUUGGAGCUAGAGAGCAUGAGGAAAAGCUGCGCAAAUACCUUGGAGAAUAUCAGGAUCUAGUAGGUGGAGCCAAUGAUGUGGAGAAGGCGUUAAAUGGCGUCAAGGAGAGAUCCGUGUAUGGAGCUCCUACCAGUCUGCCCCAAGCACAGGAUAAUAAACAACUCAAUAAAGAGAUUGAGAACAUUCUACAGUCUCAAGAGACCCAGCUGAAACUCCUGCGUUCCUACUCUCAACCAAUCCACAAGGAAGGGAACCCUGCUGGUCAAGAGGCUGUAACCUCCUUGAUUCAUUCCCUGGAGGAUCUCUUCAACUCUCUGCAGCAACAGGUAGAGAGUGACAGGACUAGAGUGGAGGACCAGGAACAGGUCUGGAUAGACUACAAUGACAGGAGACAAGAACUGCUAGAGGUGCUAGGUCAGGCUGAGGAUGCAAUGCCUGUAUCAAUCUCACUUGGAGCUGAUAUCAACGAUCUUCAAGGAAAACUUGCAUCGGUGAAGGCUGCCAAGGAGAUUUUAGAUGAUGCUGAGCCUCUACCACCAAGAGUAAGAGAUGCAUCUAUCAAGUUAGUCAAGGGUAUGCUAACUCAGCCUGAUGAAACCAACCCAGUCAGCAAAGAUACACAGGAAUCCCUGGAUAGAUACCACAGGUUACAUGACUCUGCAACCCGACUUGAAGAAAACAUUGAGAAGGAGCUGUCUGAGAGGGCAGCAUUCGAAACGGAGACCGAGGAAGCAUUAGCCGAUCUUAUACAUGGCAAAGAGACCCUGAAGGAACAGACUGCUAGUAUUGGUCCUCUUGUUUCAGAUGCAGAAGAUAGAAUUAAAACACUUGAAGCUGUGAAAUCAGAACUCCAUCCAAAACUAGCACAUAUUGAGAAGCUGUGUAACACGCAACAUCAAAAGUACAAUGACCUUCACUCAGUACCUCCAUCUAGCAUCUCUGAGAAACUUGAAGACCUUCAAUCACAGAAAGCAGAGAUGAACAGUAAACUAGACUCCACCAUCCAGGAGUUGAAUGAGGCUGAGAAGAUCAGACGUCUAUUCCAGCAACAGACAUAUGAUGUGGAGCAGGCCAUAGAAAGAGCCAAGGAACUGUUGAACAAACCUAUCUCGGAUGUUCCCGUUGCCAAAAAGGAACAUGAGGAUUUGAAGGAAUCUUUGAAGUCAGCUCAGUUAGUGAUGCACUCUGUCCAGAACAUUGCCCAGCAACUGACUGACCAGACCAACAAACCAGAUGAACGACGAGCUGUCAUCGCUACCAUUACAUCCCUUCAGACCAAUCUAGCAGAGGUCACCCACACCACUGACCAGAUGACCGAUGAACUGACCAAAGCUAUCGAGCCAUGGAAACAACACCUGAGUGCCAAGGAAGCUGUGGAAAGGUGGCUUGAUCAAGGGGUUGAUACAGUGAAGCCUACCUUGAAUCUGGGUAGUAUGCCUACCAUCCUGCGUCAACUACAGGAACAUAGGGCCCUACUAGAAGAUGUGCCAUACACAAUGGAAAAUGUAGAGGCUUUGAUGUCUUCAAGUCCUGUUCUGGCCAAAGUUUUGAAGGACCCCGUUCACCAGGCCAAGGCCGAUGACCUGAAGAAACACUUCCAGGAUAUGGUUGAUACUGCUCAGGAACGCAAGGAAACACUGGAGGAGGAGACAAGGAGAUGGCAGAACUACCAGGGUGGUCUCAUGGAUCUGUUCCACAGGAUAGCCGAUGCCAAGGACAUGAUGCUCUCACCAGACAUGGAGCAAAUGACGCUCAGUCAACAGCUAGAAAAUCAGAAGGAGGUUCUUGAGAAGUUAGAAUCUGCCAGCAAGCGUCUAGCUGACCUGAACGAUACCCACAAACUCCUGGCCCCUAACUCAUCUGAUCACACAAACGAGCUUGAUGGUGAUGAUGAUGAGGAUGAUGACAGUGAGGAGAUCAAAGAUCCUCAGUUGUUGAGCUUACAGGAAAACAUCUCCAGGAUCAAGGAUGUUGCUGUACAGCACGGUGAAGUCCUACAGAAAUCUCUUGUGCAACAGGAAGCUUAUGAGAAGCAGUUGGAAGUACUUGAAGCUAAGUUGCAGACAGCACAAGAUGCAAUGGCAUCACCGGUAGAACCUACAAGCAUGGAACAACUCAAGAAACAAAUAGCACAACAUAAGGAACUUGCAGUGGAAAUUCAAGGAUAUGAAGAUGAGAUUCAGGCUAUCAAUAACAAGACCCAAGAGCUCCAGGAGGAAGCAGCCAAGAGGACAGACUUCAGGCAGACAUAUCUUUCCACCCUCACCCCUCCUGGACCACCUAUGGUUGCAACUCCAGAGUUUGGUGUUGGUGCUCGUUUAGUGAGGAGAGGUUCACCUAUAAGAACUCCAUGGAGAUCAUUUUCUCCAGAACCUAUGCAGACUUCAUCACCAGAAUCAAAGAGGCCUCAUGGUGAUCUUGACCUCACUGAAGAGCAGCCUCCAGAGAAAAGGGUUCUUUUUGAUGGUGAUCCUUCAUUAGGAGAAGUACAUGAUGAAUGCCCCAGAGAUGAAGUUGACAGUUCACUGGUACCUCCCUCAAUGUCAGGUGAAGACAGCAAAAUGUCAACAGAAGAUAUGUCAGAGUCACCUAAACAACCUUCAAAGAGAUCUUUUGAUGAUAGCGAACAUGAACAGUCACCUAAAAUACUUGCCACAUCUACGCCUAGACCAGGUUCUGCUGACAAACGUUUGGAUGAUUCAGAUCCUGAAAAGACUAUCUCGUCCAGAGGGACAUCAGACCCUUCUAAACAGGUACCAUUUCAAAUUAUCACUGACAGGGGACCUGCAUUUGUUCUUCGCCCAGCAGGCUCCAGUUCCAUAAUUGGACAACCCGGAGAGGAUGGAGAUGCACCCGGUGGAGGUGAUCAUCAAACCCAAUACGUCAUACAGCAAGCUACACCAUAUCUUUCUCCUGUUGUUGUUCAGAGGGUGCCGAUUACAGAAAGUGUUUCACCAUUGAUGGUCAUUGAUCCAAAAACAGGCAAGACCAUGGAGGCUGUACCAACUGACAAUGUGGAUGAUAUAGAGAAUAAAAUAACAGCUUAUAUGGUUGACCCUGAUACAAAAGAAUUGGAAAUACUAGAUCCUGAAAAUAAAGUAGCAGUUGUGGCAAAACCUUGCGAGAGUCCAGAGAAUGUUCCGCUAGAUGAAGUUGUUGUUCCAUUAAGAGUCACACCUGUAGAAUUGGCUCCAGAUUUGAUGAAGAGUUUUCAUCCCUCUGGUACUGAUGGUGACAAAGGACAAUCUCCUGUUCAGAGACUGAAAGAGGAAGGUGAUGUUGAUGGAGGAACAAUAGCUGAUAGUGCUCAUGGAAGUAAAACACGUCAUGUAGGCUUACCUACCAGAGCCCCAACAAAAGAGAUGAUAUUGUCACCACCUUCUGAUAAAGGACCAGCUGAUGUUCAGAUUCCUAUCGAGUGUGAUGAUACAGAUAGUGCUAAAGAAGUUGACAAUAUUGAGAGUGCCAAAGAACCAAUUAACAUUCAAAGUGUUAAAAAGGGUUAUCAGCCUAGUCUGAACAUCGGUAAACAAGAUAUAUCUAAAGAGCCUUCUAGAGACUUACCAGUUACUCAGACAUGUAGUGGGGAGCAGCCAUUGUUCCCACACAUGGAUGAUAUGGAUGCAGAAAAAUCCAAAUUAGGAAAAGGUAAUAAGAAACCAGUUACUGAUCUGCACCAAUUGGUAACCACCAAAGGACCUGCAUAUGAAUUGCGGCCUCUUGACUCAGACUCAAAAACUUUAAAUCUUAGAACCGAUGGUCUCUCAUUUGGAGCCUCUUCAGCAGACCCUGUACCUAAACAGUACACUGUCUCAAAGACGUCUUACUUUGAUGGUGUUCCUGAAGUGGUUGGUCAUGCUCCUGUGGUCAAGGACCAACUUCCUACACUAAUUAAAGACCCAUCAUCAGACCAGAUCUUAGAAGCUGUUCCUAUAGUAGAUCCUAAUGAUUUGAAGAAUAAGGUCACUGCAUACGUACAGUCUGAUCCACAAACAAACACCUUAGAAAUUAUUGAUCCUCAGCAGAGGAAAUCUUAUGUGGCCAAUGCUGUAGAUCCUGAGCAGUUUGAUGACAACACUUCACAUUUGACCAUGUUGGAUGAAGAUAAACCAGCUCUUCAGCUUGAAACAAAUAAAGGGCUUGCAUAUGUACUACAUCCACUGAAUGAGGAAACAUCACCCAUGAUCGACAUCGAUCCUGCAGGAAAGAAACCUGAACAGAAGAAUGCAGAAUUCACUAUUGUUGAUGAAGCAAGACCAGCAAAUACUGUUCUUGUUACAGGUUCAAGAACAUCACCUGGCAUCAAGCCAAUAGAGAUCAUUGAUGAAGUUUCAGGACAGAAAUUUGUGGCAGAACCUGCUACUAAUGUUAAUGAUCUGAUGAGCAUGCCCGCACUUUAUCUGCCAAAGAUAGCGGAUGUGGUCAAAUCGGUGGUGAUAUCUCAUCCUGAAACAAAAACAGAAAUAGUUGCAAUUCCAGCUUCGGACCAAAGUGAGCACGACCAACCAUCAAAUCUUGGAAGUAGCAAUCUUCUUGGUCCAGAAAGAGACCAAACAUUCAUGAAUAUUCCUAGUGCUAUCACGUUAAAAUCAAUGAAUGUUCCUGUUGUAGAUCAUCAAUAUGGCCACCCUGAUCCAAUCAGUAAAGCAUCAGCAGUUGUAAGAGAACCCGUUACUCAUCAAAUUGUAACUGAUCAUGGUCCAGCAUAUACCCUCAGGCCUCUUACUGCCAUUGGUGGCCCAGCAGCAGGUGAUGAUGAUCCAGAUGUGGAUUUUGUCCUAGCCAGCCAAGGACAAACAGAUGAACCUCCUGUUGUCACUGGGGAACAAGAGCUUGAUUCGCUUGUUCGACCAAUACAUGUUAAAGAUCCAGAAUCUGGCCAAGUUAUGGUUGCUGAACCCAUGACAGAUAUGAAUAACCUCAGUGGAGUGCUUGCUGUGAUUGAUAGUCUUGAUGGUAACCCUCAAAUGACCAUCUAUAAUCCUACAACAAAGAAAUCUGGUGUAGCAGUGCCAACAGGGCAAUAUUGCCCUCCUUCACCAGUAGUGACUCCUUACUUCAAGGAGGAUUCAGAUUUGACUCCUAAUGAAUUAGUGACAAAACCAGUUAGCGAAGUUAGUGAAGUUCAACAACAAAAACCAGUUACUUCAGUACAACAGAUUCCAGCACAAGAUGUGAAUAAGCCUGUGAGGAGUGAGGAUGCCAGAGGCAAUAUACAGGAUGAUAACAGUAGGGAUGAAUCUCCCCAUGAAAGAAAAGAUUCUGGAUGUCCCUUGUUUUCAGUGUUUCCUGUUGAAUCAACUCCUGCAUUAAAUUUAAGUUUAGAGCCAUCUCCUGGUGCAAUUGAUGUCAAUGAGAAACAUUCAGCUGAACAUCCUCUUUCAUAUUCUCAUGAUGGUUCUGGUAAAUUUGAAGAAUCAUUGGGUAAGCCUGCUUCCAAUCAGGUUUUGACAUCGCUCGGACCUGCAUACUUUUUGACCCCAGUUGAGUCAUGUGGAGACAGCAAAGUGCAGUCUAAAGAUAAUGACAGUGUACCUCGCCUUGUUGUAGAUCCGAAACCACUGAACACCCUUCCAGUGGUUGUUCGAUGUGAACCAUUUCCAAAUGGAGGUUUCUUUGUUGAGGAUCCAGUGUCUAAGAAUACAUUCAAAGCAGAGCCAGUUCACAGCCUAGAUGUUUUACAUAGUAAACCAACUGUCUUUGUAGAUGAUCCAAGUAAACCUGCUCAGAUCCAUUUUCCAGAUGCAUCAGUUAUACUACCAAAUACAAAUGCUGAUGAAGAUCGAGUAAGGAAACCUCUGUCAGAUUUCCUCACACCAUCUCAAACUCCGUCAGAAAAGUCACUUCAACCUGAGUGGGUAAAUCAAGACAAUGCAGGGCCAGGCAGAGAAGAAAAGGACACACUGUGUCAAACAGAACUGGACCAUUCCAAGCUAGUAGAAGACAUGGAUAGUGUAUUGACUAGUGACAGUGGAGCUGAUCAGGCAGAUAGAGCUCUUGUUCCUCAACCAUCAAAGAAAAACAUUCUUCCAGGGAAGGUCAAGCAUCAACUCAUCACUGAUAUUGGUCCUGCCUAUAUCCUUGUACCUGAAGACAAGUUAGGAAAUGGGGGAGAUGGGGGUGGAGGAUCCUCCACUCCUGAUGAGUACAUAUUAGCAACAUCUUCAGACCCAGAAAAUAAGCCAUCAGUGAUUGGUUCAAAGCCAUUUUCACAGGAGGAACCAUUUGUGGUCAAGAAUCCCAGCACUGGGGAAACUUUCAGGGCUCUCCCUGCAGAAAGCCUCCAAGACCUUCAUGAAAAUCCAUCUCUGUAUGCCAUUGAGUCACAAGAUGUUCCAAAGGUGAAAGUUUUUGAUCCUUUAACUUGCUGUGCAUCUGUAGGAUUUGGAUCAAGGGCACCAGAAGUUAUAACCUCGUCACGAUUAUCAGAAUGGAAUGAAAAUCAACCAGUUUCACAGCUUCUGACUAAUAAGGGACCAGCGUAUGUAAUGCAUCCAUUUGUUGGGGAAGGUUCAGGUGUGCAAAAUGUCUUAUCUAGUGGGAGAAUACUUGAACCAGAGAGCACAGAUUACAAUAUUGUUAAUGAAGCAAGACCAGCUAAUCCUGCUGUUGUGACAGGCUCAAGAGUGUCAAGUAACAUCAAGCCGAUAACGAUUCUAGAUGAAGCCUCAGGGCAGAAAUUUGUUGCAGAACCUGCUACUAAUGUUAGUGGUCUGAUGAGCGAGCCCACACUUUACUGGCCUGAGACGACAGAUGUAUAUAAACCAAUGCUGAUAUUCCAUCCUGAGACUAGAACAGAAAUAGUUGCACUUCCAACAUCUUGCCCAAGUGAACUUGACACAAAUCAAAAUUUUGAAAGUAAUAACCUACCCAUUACAGGGUCUGCUGUUGAACGAGAUGGAGACCAGUCUUCUAGGGAUAUACCAAUUGUUAUUACCUUGAAAGGUAAUAACCAGACUGAUAGCCAGACUGAUCCAAACAGUCUCUCUGAUAUGUUCCAGAAACCAACCAUUUCACCAUCAGAAAGGUUAAUUAAACCUGAACGGAUAGAAGAAGAUUAUAACAGGACACCCAACAUCGGAAAGGACGCGCCUCAUCAUAUGGGACUUCACAGUUCCGUGACAACAGGCGAAAUGGAUAGCAUGUCAGAUGACAGUGAUGUUGAUGAGGAAUUUGAUGUUCUUGUACCUCAACUAUCAAAGAUAAACACAUUACCAGGGAAAGUCAGGCAUCAGCUAGUCACUGAUAUUGGUCCAGCCUUUACCCUUGUGCCUGAAGACAACUUAAAAAUUGGGAGAGAUGGUAGUGGAGGAUCCUCCACUCCUGAUGAGUACAUAUUAACAGCAUCUUCAGACCCAGCAAUUAAGCCAUCAGUGAUUGGUUCAAAACCAUUUACACAAGAGGAAAAAUGUAUUGUUAGGAAUCCCAGCACGGGAGAAGCCUUCAUGGCUGUCCCUGCAGAAAGCCUCCAAGAUAUUGAUGAGAAUCCAUCUUUGUACGUGCUUGAUUCACAAGAUGGUCCAUCAGUGAAGGUCUAUGAUCCUUCAACUGGCUGUGCGUCUACAGCCUUUGCGACAACUUUACCAGAAGUGAUUGUUACUUCAGAAUCACCCCAGCUAGACAAAAUUAGGCCAGUUCCACAGCUGAUAACAAAUAAAGGACCUGCCUAUGUGCUGCAACCUCUCUCUGAAGAUACUACAACUCCUCAAGAUCUAUCAUCUAUUGGUAAGAAAUCAGAACAUGAGAAUGCAGAGUACAAAAUUGCAGAUGAAGCAAGACCGGCCAAUGCUGCAGUUGUGACUGGAUCAAGAACUUCAGCUGGAAUCAAACCAAUAGAGAUUCUGGAUGAAGUUUCAGGACAGAAAUUUGUUGCAGAACCUGCCACUAAUGUCAAUGAUCUGAUGAGCAAACCCACACUUUACCUGCCAGAGGCAGCUGAUCUGUCUAAGCCAGUGGUGAUUUUCCAUCCUACAGCAAGUACUGAAAUAGUUGCAUUUCCAACUACACCUCAACCAAGUGAAUUUUCUAAACAACCAUUAUUUGAAAGCACAUUCCAUCCAGAUUCUGAGGGUGUUAUGGCCCCACGAGAUCAGUCUCUAGGUGAUAUUCCAAGUGCCAUCACCUUGAAAUCAAUGAAUGUUCCUGUUGCAGAUCGUCAAUAUAGCCAGCCUGAUCCAAACAGUCAAAUAACACAAGAUAUGACAGAACCCAUUACUCAUCAAAUUGUAACUGAUCAUGGGCCAGCAUAUACCCUCAGGCCUUUUACUGCCAUUGGUGGCACAGCAGCAGGUGAUGAUGAUCCAGAUGUAGAUUUUGUCCUUGCCAGCCAAGGCCAAUCAGAAGAGCCUCCUUUAGUGAUCGGGGAACAGGAACUGGAAUCCCCCAUCCAGUCUUUGAAUGUUAAAGAUCCUGAAUCUGGUCAAGUUAUGGUUGUAGAACCCAUGACUGAUGUCAAUGACCUUACUGGCGUGAUGGCCAUUGUUGGUAGUGAUGAUGGUAACCCACAAAUGACUAUCUAUAAUCCUGCAACAAAGCAGACUGGAGUGGCUGUGCCAGCAAAGCUAUAUCAUCAACCUUCAUCAAGAGGAGUUCCUUCCUCCCAUAAUGAUCCAGGAGUAACUGUGGAUAAAUCAGUACCAAAGCCAUUGACAUCAGACCAACAAUCUCCUAUGCGAGCUGGCAGGGACCCUGCCAAGAUAAUGGAUGAUUCUCCAAACAAACUAAGCAGUGGUGAAUCCACUGAUACAGCUUUAUGUGAAGAAGGUGAAUCUGAUCCAAAAUCAGCAGUUUGUCCCUUGUUUUCACCCAUUCCUACUAAAAUGACUGCAUUGGAGUCACCUGCACAGCAUACUGUAGCCCCUGAGGAUUUGGCUCAUGAAAAAGAUGAACCUGCUAAACCUGCCUCCAUUCAGAUUUUAACAUCCCUCGGACCUGCAUAUGCCUUGACACCAAUUGAGGAGCUGGUUGAAGCUGGCAAAGUACAUUCUGAAAAAGAUUUAUUUUCACCAAGUGACAGGGGACAGCCCAAGAGAAAUGCAUAUGACAAUGCAGAUGAUUUGCCCUGUAUCUUAGCAGAUACAGAGCCUCUGAACAAUCUUCCAAUGGUUGUCGGAUCAAGACCAACACCAGAGGUGAAAAGUUUCUUCAUUGAGGACCCCGUCUCUCAAAAGACAUUCAAAGCAGAGGCAGUUCACAGCUUAGAUGUUUUACACAAUCAGCCAACUGUAUUUGUUGAUGAUACAAGUAAACCUAUUCAGAUUCAUUUCCCAGAUUCAUCAUCAACAACGCCAAAUAAAAACACCAAUGGAGAUAUGAAAGAGGAAUCUCUUUCAGAUAUUUUCCAGAUACCAACUGAGAUUCCAUUAGGGAGGUCACUUCAAUCAGAAGAGGAUAUAAAGUUUUAUGAAGAUGAGUCUAGGGAAGGAGAUGAAAGAUCUCAUCAAAGACCUCAUUCCACCUUACUGAUGCAAAAGAGACACAGUUUAUCUAGUGACGACAGUGAUGCAGAUGAGGAAUGUCUUGUUCCUGUUCCUCAUUCAUCAAAGCGAAAGGUUGUUCCAGAAAUUAUCAAGCAUCAGCUCGUCACCGAUUUAGGUCCAGCCUAUAUCCUAGUACCAGAAGACAGUGUUGGAUAUGGGGGAGAUGGAGGUGGAGGAUCCACUUCACCAGAUGAGUACAUUCUAGCUACAUCUUCGAAUCCAGCCAACAUGCCAUCUGUUAUUGGUUCACAGCCAUUGUCACACAACCAUCCAUGCAUUGUCCGGAAUCCAACAACGGGAGAGACUUUCAAGGCUGUACCAGCAGAGAGCGUCAAAGAUCUGAACGAAAAUCCAUCUCUGUAUGCCAUUGAUUCCAAAGAUAUCCCUGCAGUGAAGGUGUUUGAUCCCUCAACUGGUUGUGCAUCUAUCGCAGUUUCAGAAAGUGUACCAGAAAUUGAGGAACUUGUGAGUGAAUCAAGAUUAAAACCAGAUGAGAAACCACUGACAUUCAGUUUUCCAGCCACUGAACCUGCAGUUGACAAGUGCACUAAUCAGAAUGAUCAGCAAUAUGACAGUAAUAAUGCUCGUGGUCAGUCUCCUGGUGUAAGCGAUGAUAUAUUAUUUCCAGAGAAGAAUAGACAAGAAGAUGACUCUACUCACUCUGAUGAUGAUGUGUUUGAGAUUGACAAACCAGAACCCUUAGAGCCAAGUGAUGAAUCAAAUUGGGAUACUCAUACUGCCACAGAUGAACCAUUUUUACUUGGCUGGAUGGAAAAGGAAAACAAGAAACCUUCUAUACUAGAAUCUCAGCUUGAUUCCGCAUCAGAUACUGCAGGAACUUCUCGAUCAGUGCCACCAGUAGAGCAAAUCCUCACUGACAGAGGUGCUGCAUAUGUUUUGACUCCUGUAUCAGAGUUAAAUGAUCAUGGUGGUGCUGCUAUUAGUGGAUUAGGGGUGGCUGGUGCAAUUCCUGGUGCUGGAAGUUUAACUCUUGCCACAUCGCCAGACUAUGUCAUUGUAGAGGAUACAGAAUUGAAGAGAUUACCAGUUGUAACGGGCACUCAGCAAACAAAAGAUGUAGCUCCUUUUUUCGUCAGAGAUCCAAAGACGGGUCAAGACCUAGCUGCUAUUCCAGCCACAGAGUCAGAUGACCUGCAAGGUCUUGUUGGAUUUACAGAUGAUCCUAAGGAUGAUCCCUUGAUGAUACAAGAUAUGCAAACCGGGGAAUCAAUGAUUGCACUUCCAGCAUACCGGAUCCCUGAUGAACUAGGACAGGCUCAGUCACUCCCAACCAGGGAUUCAGGCUUUUACUCAGGACCAAGCAUUAUGGCAGUUACUGAUGUGACAUUGAAGGAUACUACUGAUUCGGAUGACAGUUCGGUAGAUUCUCUUCCUCACCAUUCCAAAUCAGACAUACCACAUUCAUCUGAAUAUGCUGAAGUGCCACUGAAUAAUUUACCAAGUAUUGAGGAUGUUCCAGACGAGCACUAUCACACUGAUUCCACUGACUUUUACACUCCUGAUGGAUCACCAGUUCCAUGGCAGGCAAAACACAAAUCGGCUCCACAAGAAUUUGACCUUCAAGUCUCAUUGCCAGAUGAACCUAAGUAUGAACCCGUUGUUUCUGCUGCUGAUCUCCUAGAUCAAACACUGCAGAUCCAACCUGUUGUUGUUUUGCGGAAGGAUUCAUCGCCCACUGAAGAGACUCCUGGUUUGAUGGAAAAGGAUAACCAUCAAGGCACAACUAACAAAAGUCCUGCAGAAGCUAAAGACACAUCUUCAAAACCAGCCAAGGCAGUGAAUGCUUCUGCAGAUGAUGAGCCAAAAAGUUCAUUGUCAAGGGAUAUGCCACUUCCUGUUAUACGCCAUGAGGGCUUGAUGGGAGAUGUGAAAGAUCCUUCUGCACCAGAUGGUAAAGCACAGAAGAUAGACCAACUCAAUCGCUCAUGGGAUGCUCUACAACAUAAGAUGGAGGAGAAGGAGCGUCUCCUGAAAGAGGCUUUAGCCAAGCAGGAGGAUUACCAGAAUGCCCUAUCCCAGAUCAACAUUAGACUUGCUAACACAGAAGCUCACCUCAAAGAGAUCAAAGACACUCCCAUGGAGGCUCGUAACCUUGAUGAACACAUCCAAGAACUCAAGAAUCUAAUAAGCGAAUGCAGUGAUUUAGAUGAGAAUGUGAGCAUGGUUGAAGAAAAAGCCACAAGGUUGAAGAUUCCCCAGGACACAGUCCGAGAGACGAUAGAUGAUCUCAGGGAUAGAGUGGAUAAGAUUAAGACUGAUGCCAGUGCACUUCUCAAGAAAUUACAGAAAGAGAAAGAAGAUGAAAUGCUUGUGAAGGUUAAACUGGAGGUCAAUCAGCAAGAAUUGCAACAUCUUGAUGAUUGGUUGACUGACUUCAACAAACAGCUUGAACCAGAUGAAGAGAAAGAGAGUGGUGAAGAGGAAUUAAGUGCUUCAGAUAUUCAGGAAAAACUCCUUCAAAAUCAUAACCACCAGUUGGAGUUGAGUCGCAAGCUCCAGAAACUGAACAACAUUGAGGAGAGCAUUGAGCAGACCCUUGAUGCAGCCACCUGUCAGAUACCGGUCCUGGCGGAGCACCUUGACACCACCGUACGGCACCUUCACAACCGCAUGGAUACCUGUAAGAGAAACCUUGCAGACCAGAGGGAGCACCUUAAGAUGCUGCUGAACACCGAACGACUGGCUCAGGAGUAUCAGAGCGAUGUGGCCAAGCUCCAGGAUUGGCUGGAGCAGCAUAGAGGCUUGAUGUCAGCACCAGAUGGAGGAGUGACUAGCAAGCUGCCUCCUGUGGAAGUUGGAGCUGAGAUGCUGCAGCAGCAGGCUGAACUACAACAGAAAUUGGAAGAGGAACUGUCGGCCCACCAAGCCUUGGUGAAGUCUGUUGCCAGACGAGGAGCCAAGCGCAGGACUCCAUCUGACAACAAUGAAGAGGGUAAAGGGAUCCCACUGGACCUGGAGAUAGACCAGGAACUAGCAGAACAAAGGUCCAAAUGGGAAGAGAUCUCCAGGCAGGUCGCUGAGAAGAACAGACAAUUGAAUGCUUCUCUGGAAUACAUUAGACCACAGGAUACACCGUUUGUCCAUCACCUGCCAGCGAGGAGGAACCUUCAGCUUGAUGUCCUGAAUCACAAUGAUGAACUAGAGGGUGACCUGAAGACAUCCCUGGAUGCUCUCAAUCAAUGUUGGGCUAAGAUGGAGUCUCAGGUUUCUGACCAGCAGUCUAGAUUAGAGCAAGCACAUGAGUUUCAGACCUUAUACCAGGAUGCCCUGCAAGCUGUAUCAGGAUGGAUGGAUGGCGUCCAACUCAAACUCUUCUCAGAAGACUGGAGUAAAGAUACAGAAACUCAACUCAUGGAACAUGCUGCACUACAAGAAGAGAUGAAAACCUUCCAGGACCAGUUAGAGCGCAUGAACGAGGCAUGUCACCUUGUGCAGGCUGAAACUGGAGCCAGGAGUAAGCAGUUGAUGCAACAGUCCCUUGACGAUAUCAAUCAAAGACUCACCACCCUAGAGACGGAGGCUAGGCAAAGAGAACAACAGCUUGUAGAGAAGAACAGACAGUUCCAAGGCUUCCAGAGAGACUUACAGAGCUUCCAGUUAUGGCUAACAGGUGCUAAGGAACAACUGAACAUCCCACCAAGCAAUGUUAGUGGGGCUUCACUUGAAGAUAAUAUCAUUAUCAACAAGGAGGAAAGACUGAAGUUCCAGGUCUUAGAAAGCGAGGCAAGCGGGUGUGAGAUGAAGUACAGGGACCUGGUACAGAAAGGAGAAGACCUCCUAGCUCUAGAUCCUCAUCUUCCAGGUAUCGCACAUGAUAUCAAGACCUUACAGGACAACUGGGAGGAGCUUCAGAGGUUGCUGGGCAACCGACGUAAUCAACUCAACACUGCCAAGAUAUUACAGGAACAAUAUCACAAGAUCCUUAAAGACUACAUGGAGUUCCUUGACACAGCUGAGAGGAAGCUACAGAAUAAAAACAUCUCUGCUACUGAUGUGGAUGAUCUUCAUCAACAACUCCAAAAGCACAAGGAAUUUUUCAGUGACCUGGACACCCACCACAUCCUGAUAGAAUCCAUUGCUCAGAAAGCCGACCCAUUCACCCAGCAACUCUUCCAUACCCAGCGGUCAGAGCUUGACCGUCGCAGCCAAGCCAUCACAGUUCAGUCUGCAGAGCGAGGCCAGACCUUGGAUGGAUUGGUCAGUGAUUGGCGUGACCUUGAUAACAGUCUUACAGAGUUGAGUAGUUGGCUCGGGUCUAUUGAAGCUCAGGUACCGAGUGGGAUCAACGAUGAUACUCAGGAAAAUGUGCAGAAAGCCAUUCAUAAAUAUCAGGCAAUGAAACGACUACUUGAGGGCAGACAACCGUCGCUGCAUCAGAUAGAAUCCAGUGCCCAGGCUCUUCUUCAAAGCCUCACAUCACCACAGCUAGACAAACGUCUGGCUUCACUCCAUGACCAGUGGUCAUCGGUCAAUCAACGGGUCAAGAAUGACCUAGCCUCCUGGACUGCUCUCUUGGAGGAGUGGAGAAUGUUUGAAGAGGAAUCUUCAGAGCUGAUACCUUGGUUGAGGAAUGUUACUGAUCACAUGGCUACAUUCAAGGAUAAGGAUCACACCACAAAACCUAUCUCAGAUCAACUUGAAGAGUUCUCUAAACUUCAAAAAGAUAUAGAAACCCACACACCUCAAAAGGUAUCAACGUGCAAUCAUGGCAACCAUCUAUUGAAAUUGAAGCAGCUCAACACCCCUCCAAUCAGGGAGAAGCUCUCAUGCAUUGAGUCUCAUUGGACAGACAUUCAAAAUGAACUACCUCAGCUCCAGGAAGACUUGCAUCAAUCUCAGAUGGAGUUGCUUCCUUCAAGACAAGCUUUAAAUGAAUUAAUGCUAUGGAUGGAUAAUCUAGAAUCAGCAUUAGAUUCCUACAAACAUAAAAUAUACACAAGCAGCGAUGAUGUAGAAGAUGCCGUACAAGUGUACAAGGGUUACAAGGUAGACUUGUCAUGUCAUCUUCUGACUGUUGAGUUUGUCAAUCAAUCCAUUCUUCAAAUGAGUCAGGAUAUUGAGAGUCGGAGAGGAGAUAAAACAGACUUUGCUGAAAAACUUGGUACCAUGAACCAGAGGUGGCAGGCCUUAAACGGAAGAGUUGGUGAAGAGACUAAAGUACUGGAACUCCUCCUUCAGCGCUGGAAGGCCUUCGACAAACAGGUCACAGAGACCAAUAGUGCACUUAAAGAUCAAGAGGACAAAAUCAAACUCUUUGAUGGACCCAUCGGCAGAGAGGCUAGUGUCAAAGAGGCACUUCGUACCUGUCAGGCUAUUGAGGAGCACCUCAAGAGCAAAGCCAGCGAGCUUCAUCAACUGAAGGCCACAGCCCACUCCCUUACCUCAGACCAAGACUCCAUCAAGAAAACCCUCCAGCCACUGGUCAAUCGUCAGACUGCCCUCCAACGUCUGGUCAAGCACCUGAAAGCUGACCAGGUCACUGCCUUGGAGCAGUGGUCUCUCUACCAAGAGACACUGACCGCUGUCCAGCAAGCACUCGGCAAGGCAGAGUACACCCUGAGCAGAGGGAAUGUUGUCAUGGGCACAGUGGAAUCUCUCCAAGUCCAAACUACUAAACUCAGGGGAGUACAAUUAGAAUUGAGAUCUAGCAUUGGCCAGCUAAACACUCUUUGUAAGCUAGCUGACCAACUACAAAGGACAUGCAUUCCAGAGAUCAGUGAGGAGCUUGACAAAACAGUCCAGAACAUUUCCUCAAGGUGGAGCAAAGCAGAAGAUGAGCUCAGGUCCAACAUCAAUUUAUUUGAGAAGGCCACAUUGCUAUGGCAACAGUUUGAAGACAGACACAGUGAGAUUGAGCAGUUCCUUGAAAACAAGGAGACCUUGAGCAAGGAGUGCAUGCAGGGAACGAAAGAAGAUGAGAAAGUAUUGGCUGGUAAGGAGAUGGAAGAAGGACCAACGGAAGAAGAGAUGGAACAGGAGAGGAUAGAGAGAUGCACAAAAUGUCAGGAGAUCCUUGUUGAUGUUGAAAGCUACCCUGUAGCAACUGGUCUAGGAACCUUAGUCAAUCAGCUUGUCAGAUACAUGGACUCUAGUACAUCAAGCAAUAUUACCUCAAGGACAAAAGUACUACAACAGCGUCUAGACACCUUACAGCAAUCAUUACAAAGACAUAUCAAGAUGGAGGAGAUAGACAUCCAGAAUCAGAGACAGUUCCGGGAGAAGACCAAGGAAUUACUAGAAUGGCUUGAGGAAGUCAAAGACACCCUCAACAUGGAAGAACCUAAUAGAUCAUCAGAUGAACAUACUAUUAAAGACAGGAUGGAUAAACUCAAGUUACUACUUGUUGACUUCACUGAGAGACAGCCCCAUGUGAAUGCUCUGAAUGAGAUAGGAUAUCGUAUCAGCCUCGACAGAUACAACUCAGGUCACCUAGCAACGCUCAACGACUGGUGGAACAAGCUCUAUACCAGGCUCUCAGAGAAAUACCGCUACCUUCAGGGAGUGCUCCUUCAGCAGCAAAACUUUGCUCAGAAAUGCAAAUCCUGGAUGAAGUUCCUUGCAGACACAGAGCAGAGCCUUGCUGUUGACAUUGCCGGUAGCUACGAUGAGUUGCUGGAGCAACAGAAAGUCUAUGAGCUGUUCGAGGCAGACAUCUUCAACCGUCAGCAAAUCCUGUUUUCCAUCAUCAGCGAUGGUCAACGGAUGAUUCAUGAUGGGGAGGUCGAUGACCCCGAUGAAUUCCAUACUAAACUAGCCCAGCUGAGUGACCAAUGGCAGAGUGUCAUCAGGAGGGCGAGCCAGAGGAAAGAGAUCAUUGACCGCAACAUCAGGGACUGGCAGUCCUACAGGACAUCAUUAGCCAAGAUGAAUGAAUGGUUCCGAGAUAUGGAGGCUGAGGUGACAGGUUAUCGGAUCACUACAUCCCCUCUCCAAGUACUCAGAGGACUCCAUGAACAGACAAAGAUGACUCAAAAGUUGGUUAGUGUUCAAGAAGGCAGCUACCUCUCCCUCAACGAAGCCGGCAAAUCCCUUCUUCGGAAUUCCGACAGACUUGCUGGUGAUGACCUCCGCAACCAGCUGAUGGAGAUCCAGAACCGUUGGCACUGGUUGACCAGUCGGCUUAGGAAACAGGACAACAAGCUAGCAGAGAUUCUUGGUGGAUGGGAGGAGGGAGAGAGUAUUAUUGAUGAUCUUCAGUCCUGGCUUAGAGAAGCACAUGGCAUGUUGGAUAAACAGCUACCAACGCAGUAUGAAGAACUGCAGAGAGAACUCCAAAGAUGCAAGGAGACGGAGAAUGGUUUUGGUAACACCAAGGGUAAACUUAAGAUCCUGUACGAGAGGGAGAGUCAGUUAUGCCCCUCAGUCAGUCCUGAUGACAUGUCUGUCCUCCAUGAGCGCAUUGUCCUUCUAACCAAACAGCUUGAUGAAGUGCACCAUCAGGUCUGUCAACGUAAACAGCGAAUCACAGACAAGCUUAAUGAAUGGACAGCUUUCACUGAUAAAUAUAAGGAAUUCUCCGAUUGGCUGACUGAGAUGGAGAUGAAGGUGUCACAAAAUGGAGAGAACAGCAUUGAAGAUCUGCUACAGAGGCUUCAAGGGGAAUAUCAAGAUGAGAUCAAACAAGCUAAGCCCAACAAGACCCAUCUAGAAGCAGUGGGAGUGAAACUAAUUCCAGCCAGCAAUGAGGCUCGUGCCAGUGAUAUUGAGUACAAGUUGGCCAAGCUGAAUGACCGCUGGAUGAGACUCAUGGAGCUGGUGGAUGCAAGAGUGAAGAAGUUGAAAGACACAUUGACUGCCGUCCAGCAGCUGGAACAGGACAUGAGUAAACUACGAGAAUGGUUGAGCAGAGUAGAAAGAGAACUCAACACUCCGCUCACAUACGAAACAUGUCAUAUGCUGGAGAUAGAAACCAAACAGAAAUUCCAUGAGGAACUUCAUAAAGACAUUACCCGACAUAGCAGUGGGGUUGCAUCAGUACUAAACCUUUGUGAAGUGCUUCUUCAUGAUCAAGAUGCCUGUUCAACCGAUGCAGACUGUGAGGCUAUCCGAACUGCCACUCAGACGUUAGACCAAAGAUGGCAUAAUAUCUGUACUCUGUCUGCAGAAAGGAAGAUGAGGAUCGAGGAGACGUGGCGCCUUUGGCAGAAGUUCAAAGAAGAUUAUGAGAGAUUUGCUGACUGGUUAGAAAAGAGUGAGCAAGCCAUCGCUGCACCCAAUUCAUCCUCUACACCAUAUAUUAUCGUCAAAGAAGAAAUUAAAAAAUAUGAAGCAUUCCAACGUAAGGUUCAUGAAAACCUAACCCAACUAGAGAUGCUGAACAAGCAAUACCGUCGUCUAGCAAGAGAGGGCAGAACAGAUGGUGCUAAUCAACUCAAGGGUCUUGUCCACGCUGCCAAUGAUAGAUGGGAUGCCUUAGCAAGAAGGUGCUGCAGCGUUUUAAGACGUCUUCGUUCACAGCAAAGUUUGAGAGAUGAGUUUGAAGGGACGAGAGAGAGUAUGGUAGUAUGGCUGACAGAGAUGGACCUCCAGCUGACCAACAUAGAACACUUCUCACAGUCGGAUAUCUCUACCAAAACAAAACAAAUGAAAGCAUUCCAACAUGAGAUUGAACUGAACCAGUCUAGACUGGAUGAAAUCGAUGGGUAUGCCCAUAACCUGAUGCAGCGAUGUGAUGCCAACGAUGCUGUUCAGAUACAGGAAGAGAUGGAUGAUCUUAGAGGCUAUGCCGAUGAGGUCUUUGCUAGAGUCAGCAAGUUCCAGAGGAAGCUGGAGAGGAUUACAGCCACUGAGGGUGAAUCUUCUAGCAUACCUUUUGAUUAUUUCAUGGUUGGCAAUACUAAGUUCUCAAGUACGGACACGUCGGAUGAGGAAGACGAGGAUGGUGAGGCGAUGAGUGAGAGCGACAACGAUGAAAUCCUUCCUACCCACCUAUCACCGAGCAGAGUCCAUCACAGACCCUACGAUGCAAGGGCCAGGUCUCGGGACAGUUCAGCAACCCGGUCAGCAUCUCCCGGACCGAGUGAAUACGUCUCUGGCAGGAUAACUCCGGCCAGUGGGGUAUCAUCUCUAGACUGGGACAUGUACAUGACAACCAAUGCAGAUGGAGAUCCAGAUGUCAGGUGGGGUAAGAACAAGCAGCGAGGUGGAGAACCUGUUGAUGUCCUGUAUGCCCAGCAGCUCAUUGACAGCUGUACAUCUCAACUAGAGGAAGCAGAGAACAUGGUCACCAGCAAAACACCCAUUGGUCCGGAUGUAGAAGAAGUCAAAACAACCUUUGAUACCGUUGCUGAGAAUUGUAAGAGCUGUGUAACAGCAGUGAAGAGAUUGGCUCCUCAACUCAGUGACCAUCCUUCAUUAGCCCGCCAAGUAUCAGAUCUUGUGGGUCGAUGGGAGGUAUUACAAGGAGAACUCAUGGAGAAAGGAGCCAUGUUAAGACAUAAUUACCAGACGUGGCAACAGUAUGAUAACGAUCUGAAUAAUUUGACUGCCUGGUUAGACCAAGCAGAAGCAACACUCACUUCACAAGCUAAUGGUGGGGAUAUCGCAGACCUGGAAGACAUGAUCAGAAUGUUCAGGGACUUCAUGUUAGGUCUGAAUGCAAGACGAACCAUAGCAUACUCCAUCAAUCUGUGUAGCCAGCAGUUUGUGGAUCCAGAUACCCCUCAAGGUCAGGAGCUAAGCUACAGACUUCAGGUCAUGAACAGACGCUGGGAAGGGGUCUGUGCCAAGGCUGCAGACUGGCAGAAGAAACUCCAGAUGGCUAUUGUGCAAUGUGAAGAAUUUCAUCAGACAACUAAAGACCUUGAAACAAGACUAAAUGAAAUAGAUGAAAUAAUGACAGAGACUGAACCCAUAGAUCUCAAUGCUGAUCCAGAGAUACUCAACAAUCAAUACAGAAUAUUUGCCUCAUUUAAACGUGAGCUUGAGGAGAUGAUACCUCGCGUGAGCUCCUUGAAAGACACAGCAGACCAGCUCUUGAUUGAUGUGGACUCACCAGACUGUCGGGCGACCAGGGAAACACUGCACCUGAUCGCCAAGAAGAGUUCUUCUCUCCUUCAGAGAUGCAAUGAUAACCUAGAACUCCUGGAGACUAAGGUGGAUCCCAGUCAGUUCCAACUGGACAGGCCUGUUUUUGAGAGUCCUAUUCAACCAAGAUCUGUGAUGCUGCUUGGAGCAAUGGGCGAGGUAUCAAGUGACUUCUCAAGUCCCAUAGCCGGACGUACCAGUACACCUAUCUAUUCUAUCAGACAUUAUGCUGAUGCCACAACCUGUACACUGGCUGGAAGACAGAGUGCAGCUGGAGCAGCUGCAGCGGCUGCAGCAGCAGCAAGAUCGCCUGCAGACACUGCUGGCGCUCCAGUUUUGGCAGGCAGAGGAGGACGACCAUUCUUAUCAAGAGCAGUGCGAGCAGCCCUUCCACUCCACCUCCUAAUGCUUCUACUACUAGGUGUGGCAUGCCUUAUACCAAUGACUGAAGAAGAUUAUAGCUGCACCCUCACAAAUAACUUUGCUCGCUCAUUACAUCCCAUGCUACGAUACACCAAUGGACCUCCACCCAUCUAAUGUCUUAAGAGAAGUUUUAGCUGCCCCUGGCUGUCCUUGGUCCAGGGGUGUCGUCUUUGGGUGUGGCCUUUCGGCAUUGCCUCCUGCCCACCACACCCAAUCUAGUCAACAUAUUUCAGUCUGCCUUGACCAGAUAUCAACACUGCCAAGUUAUAACUCAUUGACUUUACAUGCUGACAUGCUAUCUAUCGUGACAGAAAUGAAAUCAGCUAAGGACAUUGCCAAGACAAUUGCAGCAUGCAAUUUGUAAAGUAUGUAUAGCCUCCCCCAUUCAAAUGACAUUGCUGCCUCAUAUCCUUAUGUUGCAAUCAAGCAAUCAUCGACCUCUGGAUUGACUGGUUUUGGGAGAUCGUGUAAUGUAUCAUUGAAUGCCAUUGUACACAGUGUAUUAUACUUGAAGAGUCACAGAAUUUAUUUAAUGCUCACAUUGUGUGCUGAAAGCAAGGUGGUUGAUACCCAUCAAGUAUCCAGCAGUGAUACGUUUUACCAUGCAUUAAUACUGUAUAGACCGAUCUUCAUUGCUUGCUGAAGAAACAACACGUGCCUCGCUAAUUCGGACCUGAAAUCACUGCUCGGUAUAUGCCAGAGCCUUGGGAGCUUUCCCAAGGAGAGCAGAAAGAAUCCAGAUUGUACCAUUGUAUAAAGUUUUUAUUUGUGAAAUAAUUGAAUUCAUCCGUCACGUGAACAAAUACCCUGAUUGCCAUUGCUAUUACAGGCUAAUUAGCUGCUUUGUUCACAUGAUGAGAUGAUCCAUUAAUGAUUGUAUAUAUGAUGCUUUAGUGUGAGCCUAUGGAAUGGUGAAGUAAAGAAAUGUGAAUGCAGCUGAUUAAUGUGAAGGGGUCUCUCCCUAUGGAUCUGAUUGCACCAAGAUUAAUGAAUUAUAUAGGACGAUCAGGAUGAAUUGUGCAUUUACUUUCAAGGUAUUAAACAGGUGGAGCUAUGAUUUGAUUCUAUAUGGGUAUGUGUGAGAAGUCUUCUUUACUUUUUUCAUGGGUUUGAUCUUUGUGACAUGAAUUGAUUCCUUAUCUUUUUGUGCUUUCUUCCAUUGUGCCAUGUAGAAUGUAUUCAAGAUAAUGUGUUCAUAAACUUCUAUAUACAGUCUGUAUUCAAGGAUUAUGAAUGAUCAUGUGUUCUAUCACAGAUAGAUUAUUGAUUUGAAACAAACACCACAUUUAG